CCCCAGUUCCGGCCGUGGCCACGUUUUCGGUGAUGGAUCCGCUCCUUGCGCUCCAUGUGCUGCUUUGCUCUCCUGAAUCGGUGAUUUUCAAAGCUGUUGCAUUCUUCCUUGAUUCGAAGCUCUGGUUUCGCCUGGCAGCUGUGGUGGCCUUGCUGGUCUUGCUGCAGCUUCUCCUGGUGGUGGGACAGUCGGAGGGGAACCAGGAGGAGUCACUGGCCAUUUCAGUGGUCUUCGCUGGCUGUGCGCUCACCAAUGUGGUGGCAUUCGCCUCCUUUCGCCCACAGGUGGUGGCACUCAUUGGACGGCGAGGGCUUCAUCCAGCGGAGGAGGUGCUGCGACGCCUGCGGCGGCUGAGCGUGCGGAGGGCGCCCUGCUAUUUGCGCUGGAUGGAGGUGAAUGACAGGACCUUGAUCCGGUGCUGCGACCUUGGAAUUGGCUGUGGUGUGCUGUUGGUGAUGUUGGUCCUUUGGCCGCAAAGCUUCGUGCAGACCUUGGUGCCCCUCAUUUGGCUGGCUGCUGGGUGGACUUAUCUCUCCUUGCAGGCGGUGUCGGGCGAUUUCCUGGGACUUCAGUCGGACUCCAACCUCGUCGAGGUCGACGCGCUGAUGGCGCUGUUGAGCAUCCUGGCAAGGAGUCAUCCCAGGCAAGCACUGCUGGUGCUUCGUUUCUUUGCAUUUCGGAAGAUGCUGGGAUGUGGGGUUUGCAAGUACUACGGCUCGCCAAUGUGGCAAUCCUUUGAUGCAUUGCAAGUUCACUACUUCACCCAGCCCUUGGUGAACCGACGAUCUCGUUGGGCCCAUGUGUGGCCGGCGGACUUCCAUCGCUUCUCUGUCUUGGCCACCUUCUUGGUGGAGGUGAUCCUGCCCUUUCUAAUUUGGUGCCCGUGGCCUUGCAGGAUCAGCGCAUGGAUAGGCGAAAGAGCAGCAAUUUUUGCAGGAGUUGGUGUGAAGCCCCGAGUGUUGGAAUGGCAACACUUCUGCAAGAGUUUUAAUUGCUUGAAUGCGAUGAUCAACACAACGGGCAAUUAUGGCUUCAUAGGUUUCCUCAACACCAUGGAGAAUCUCUCCCUGGUGGAUGACCGGUUCUACCAGCUUGUUCUAGGGGCUGAUGUGGAUGCUUGGCGGCUGCCAAGGAGCACUGCCUGGCCAUUUCGUUUGGUAGUGGUUUGUGUUCUGAGUCUCUACGUGGUCCUGUCUCUCUUACCCUUGGCCCGUGCUGGCAAAGGCACGGUGGACCUGCGGACGCUUCGCCUGCCGGACGUGGUGACGGCGCGCUUGGAAUGGCUGGAGGCCUUGCAGCAACCCUGGAAGCUGGUGAACUACCAAGGCAAGUUCUCAGGGAUGCACGACUUUCGUUGGGAGCCGAUUUUGGAAGCGUCAACGGAUGAUGGCCAAUCCUGGCGACAAAUCCGUUGGCGAUACAAGCUGAACCAAGGUCCCAGGGAGUCUGGCGUUGUGCUUUGGCUGCACUUGCCUCGCCUGGAUUGGCGGGUGUGGUUUCUGCCCUUGGCGGCCAGGCGUGGAAAGGAGCCUCCAGCCUGGUACGUCAAGCUGCUGGAACGCUUGGCGGAGUGUGAUGAGAGCAUCUUGGAGCUUCUUGAGGGUUGCCCUUUCAGCCGUGAGGAGUUUCAGGACCCCGAGCAUCCGAAGAUGUGGGUGUCCAGCCGACUGGUGGCCUGUGAGGUGUCUCCCAAAGAGGACGAAUGCUUUUGGAGUUUUCGCCCGCUCAGGAAACAGACCACCAUGGACUUGCUCAUUAAGGAGGGAAGUCGCUAAACUGCAAGCAGCCACAAAAAGGCUCUUCAACAAACUUUGCGUCCAGUAUUUCUUGCACCAUCUCACAUUAUCUCACAUUCAACGUAUCAUUGUCAAGGAUGUUUGCUCAAUCGUCACCAUGGCAUGACCAAACCGAUAACACGCCGAUAACAUGUUCUGGGAAGUAAAGUGCUUCAUGUAGACCCUCCGAAGCGAGUCAGAGAGGUCGCUGCGAUGCCACGAAACGCCGGCGCUUGGACUGAGAUUCGAGAUCGGGGAGCCGGAUUCGGUGUGUGGGGAACGACUCGGCGUCCAAAGUCGGCGUCCAAAGCAGACGCUGAACGAGCCAAAUCGAAGGACGAGAGAAAGACAGAUGGGAUGGGAUGGGUUGUUUUUCUUCAAAAUCAUCCGUUUCAGCGAAUUCCCUCGGAAUCCUUCACAGCGACCAGCGGACAGUGACUUUUUUGGACAGUGUGCAACAUUCGCUCUCGCGGUUUUUGUGUCGAUCGAAGGGCCGCAAAAGCAAAGGCAAUCACUGUUCAUGCGCGAUGCCUCGAAGACAUAUGUUAACAUUAGACAUUAGUUGCAGUGUACACACAUUCUUUCCAUAAAGGGUUGUGUUCAACGACUUUUUGAGUGCUCACUCUGUUCAGACUUCCAAGGCCCCAAGGCCCAAUGCCAAACAAUGAGGAUUUUUGUUUCAGCUCGUUUCAGCUCGUUUUGGUUUCUAAUUACGACCGUUUUCACCCUUUGGAUCACUCUGUUUGAGGCUGUGAGUAAUUCGAAUCCUCAUUCGCUCAAGACAACAGAGUGAUGGUGGUUUCCAGCAAUUUUCAAGGUUCAUGAUCAUGUGGUGG